ACUGUUCACUGCCAUUGUGACGUCACGUAGAAUAAGCUGACGACAACUUUUUACCUAUCGCCUUAUAAUGGAUUUAUUUAGUUUUACGUAGUUUAUAUAAAGUGAUUCACGUUUUUGAACAUUAAUAAACGCUAAAUUUAAAGUGUACAGUGUUAAUUCGUGAUAACACGAUGAAUUUAGUUCAGUUUUAGUGUCAACGAGUGAUGUGAAAAGAGAAAAUGGCGUCCUUCGAACGCAUGUUGUUAAGCAGAAGGCAGCUGAUAAUAGCAGAAAAAUAUAAUAUUGUUCGUAAAAUCGGCGGUGGAAGCUUCGGAGAUAUCUUUUUAGCGAUAUGCACUAAUAAUGGAGAGGAAGUUGCCGUCAAGGUUGAAUCUUUAAAAGCGCGUCACCCUCAGCUUCUAUAUGAAAGCAGAGUGUAUAAGAUGCUCCAGGGGGGCAUUGGCAUACCACACAUAAGAUGGUAUGGCCUGGACAGAGACCACAACAUCCUUGUGAUGGACCUACUAGGGCCCUCGCUGGAGGACCUGUUUAACUUCUGCUGCCGUCAGUUCACAAUCAAGACUGUGCUAAUGUUGGCAGACCAGAUGCUGGGGCGCGUGGAGUUCGUGCACUGCAAGUGCUUCAUCCACCGCGACAUCAAGCCUGACAACUUCUUGAUGGGUAUCGGCCGCCACUGCAACAAGCUCUAUAUGAUCGACUUCGGGCUGGCUAAGAAGUACCGGGAUCUCCGCACGCGAGCCCACAUCUCCUACCGCGAAGACAAGAACCUCACUGGCACGGCGCGGUACGCUUCUAUCAACGCGCAUCUCGGCAUCGAACAGUCCCGCCGUGACGACAUGGAGUCUCUGGGAUACGUGCUCAUGUACUUCAACAGAGGUUCACUACCCUGGCAGGGUCUGAAGGCGAUCACCAAGAAACAGAAGUAUGAGCGCAUCAGUGAGAAGAAGAUGUCUACACCCGUUGAGGUUCUCACCAAGGGUUUCCCCGCAGAGUUUGCGAUGUAUCUGAACUACACACGCGGCCUCACCUUCGACGAGGCGCCCGACUAUAUGUAUUUGAGACAGCUGUUCCGCAUCCUGUUCCGCACCAUGAACUACCAGUACGACUACACGUUCGACUGGACCAUCCUGCGGCAGCGCAAGCAGCACAUCGAGGCGGGCGGCGCCGCCACCGACCGCCGCUCGCCGUCCGUGCAGCGCCGCACGACCGCGCCGCAGCCGCAGACCAACGAGUGAAAGAGAUUACGACGCACGGCAACCGCAGGCGCACCGAACACUAAAAGAGCGCGAUAACGACGCGCCGAGCUCCGCCUGGGCUGCCGGCGUUGAUCCCCCCCCCCCCCCCCCCCCGCGACAAGUCCCGCGGUCGACCACCACCACGCGACCACGGUCAACUCGCCGCCUAGUGACGAACAUUUAUUGAACUAGUGGCUCGCAAUCUUGGCCGUUUGAACAUUUCGCAAAAUCUUUUUUUUUUUUUUUUCCCCGAGCAAGUUGACAUUUUUUGUCAUAUCACUAUGGAAUGAUAGAAACGGACAUCAUGGCGUGCUGCUAGUAUGAUAUAAGACGUGUUUGCCGUCGGACAAUUCCUGUCUCUGCCUGUUGCACAUGUCACCGGCUUUUAGUUUAGUUGUUACCAAGGUAAAAAUAUACAUAAUGUAGAGAUUGUUAGAUCUCUUUUGGUUUAUAAAUUUAAUUAUUAUUCUAUAAGGUUAAUCUGUAAUUGUCCACUUGGUUGAAAAAUCACGAGAUAUAAUUUAUUGACUUUUGGUGACCUACACAUUGUUGGUGACAUGGUCAAUUGGUGAAAGUUUUUUCAGACAGAUUUUGAUUCACUACAAUAUUCUUGUGCAAUUCUCAACGUAAUGACUGAUAUCACAAAUCUAACAAUUGCUUGUUAAAACAAAAAGUAUACAAAUGAUUUGAGUUUUCUUUAGUGUUAAUUCCGCCAAUAUUUGUCUUUAAACAAUUCGACACGUGUUUCGCCUCUACACGAGGCAUCCUCAGGACUUGUCUCGUGUAGUCUUGGCGAAACACGUGUCGAAUUGUUUAAAGACAAAUAUUGGCGGAAUUAACACUAAAAAAACUCAAAUCAUUUGUAUAAUAAUUAUGGAUUUCUGCAAAGUAACGCCUACUUCAAUAAUAAAACAAAAAGUCAUAAUUAGGUAUGAAAUUGAACUGUGACAACGAGUUUCAAUCUGUCUGAUAUUAAUAUGAAGAAACUUAAAAGAAAUCAUGCUGAAAAACCUUAUGCAAUAUACUUGUGGUAAGAGUUUCAACCUAUCUGGUGAUAUGAAGAUACAUAACACAAUUCAUACUGGAAAUUAUUUGAAGAAACAUAAUAGAAUACAUUUCACGGAUAAACAUUAUUCAUGCAAUAUUUGUGGUAAAAAUAAUGAAUGAAGAAAAUGAAAUAUUUAUGGCAUAAGACAUAUUCAUUAUUUAGAUAAUCAUAUCAAAAUAAUAAUAUGUCUAAUAAGCAAAUCAAAGGUGGUCUUUCGGAACCCUGAUCAGAUUUGUGAUUGAUGAGUUUUUUUAAGGAUAAUAAGUUGAGGAAAAAUCAGCUGGUAUAGACCGAAGCUGUGACCGAUGAGUGGCAUUCUAUUGAUGUGUUCAUUUUGACAGAAAACCAAAUUGGCGCCUAUUUCUGCCGUGAAUCAGAAAUGUGUGAACAUUACUGUGUUUCGGUCUGAAGGGUGCGGUAGCUAGUGAAAAUACUGUGCAAAUAAGACUUUACAUCUUUUAUAAAAAAAACUUUCAAUAGGUUCCAGUAAUUUACAAAUAUGCACAAUAAUAUUGUUGAUGAAUGAUUGGUCGAUGGAUAUCUACCAAUGUGUUACAGACACUGUGAAGUGACAAAACAAAGUGAACUAAUUGUGUGAGUGUUAAUUUUUCAAUUAGAAUGAUAACAAAUAGCUCUUUACAGAGGAGCUUAUAUUAUUUAUGGAGUUAUCUUGGAAGUAUAGGCAUAUUAUAUGUCAGUCAUAGUACUAUGUGUUAUUGUUCUAAGUAUUUUUAUAUGGAGGCCUUUUAAAAUUGAAAUAUCAGAUAGAAUGUGGCACAUUAAGAUAUACACAACACACAUAGAGGGUAUAUUUUAUUAUUGUAAUUACAAUUUCUUUACACUGAAAUCUGGGAAUGAGAGAAUAAGUUUUUUUUAUUGCGGAACAAGGUGAUAAUUGACUUUGACAAAGGAGCGUUAUUUGCUAAUUGAGUGAACUGCCAUGCAUGUUUGUCUGUUACUGACAGAAUAACCUCUAUGCUCUGCCGACAUACAUCACUUGAUAUAAGAAAAUAAAACUUUAUGUAAUCUUUACACCGAUCAAUCAAAAAUCUGUGGUGUCUUCCACAGAAGCCACAGUAGGAAGAAUAGAACUGUCUCAGGUUAGUGUCCCAGCUAAUUUAAUCAAGAGGUUCUUACAAGGUGCAUAUUAAAAUUAAUGUCUUCAAUUUUAUUCUCUCAGUCCAAGAUUUAGUUAUGUCGUUGCCCUGUGUAGCGCAUAACACGGUGUUUAUGAAGUAUUAAUUAAAUAACUUUGUGACAUGUUUAAAAAAAUAAUUGUUCAAUAUUUACUUAGUUCUUUGAUGUUAGUUUUUAUCCUCAUUAGCUAGUGUUUAUUGAAAUUUAUUAAAUAGUGUUAAUGUAAGGAAUGUUUCAGAUGUGUAAGAUAGAUAUGUGUGUGGUUAUAAUCACGCAUAACGAUGUGUUUUAUUGUAGAAUAAUAUUGUGCAGGAACCAUCUGAUUUUCAAUUAGUGAACCAGCUAAGCAUUUUUCUUGUUUUCUUCUAUUUAUUUCAAAAGUAUAAUAAUAAUACCCUUCCUAGUGUAUUCCGCAUUAUUAAAACAUUCAUUGGUUCAUAUACUUGAGAUUUAUCUCAAUUGCUGGCAACACUCAAAAUAAUGUAGAACAAUGUAACAUCUGUGCAAUAUUAUUCUACAGUUGAUUGGUCUGAAAUAUAUCCGUGCAUAGACUACAUGGAUAUUGAUGAUUUACUAUUAACUGAUUACUAAUAUAAUAGGUUUCUUGUAUGAAAAUUGAGAAAAAAUUAAAAAAAUAUAAAAAAAUCUGUCAUAGCUUGUAAGAGAGUAAAAUGAGUCACUCGGGAUCGAGUCGCUUGUACCGAAAUAGUUUAGUCGUCAGUUUACAACAUAAAAUUUGUAAAUAAUUGCAAACGACACGAUCUUGGGGUGCGUUGAUACAAAUGUAUCAUAUAUUUUAAUGUACUCAACAAAAUUGUAAAUACAAUAUAGUGUUCAUUAUUAUGUUUAUUUUUAAGAGCUGCACUUAACGACACAUUGAUGUGUGCUUCAAUGAUAUUUUUCUAAUUUAGAACUAACAGGCUUAUAUUUACCAUUUAAUAUAUUGCCACAAGACAACCGACCGCUAAAACUAUCUUAACAUUUCAUUCUAUAUAUGUAUAUAAACACCUUAUGUUAUACCCAAAAUUGAAUAAGACCCCUCUUGCAUGAUUUCUGUAUGCCUCAGUAUAUAUUUCUUAUGUAUAGAGAGUACGACAAGGGGUCGUUAAAAUAUUUAGUUACAUUUUCCAAUAGAGGUCUCUGUCAAUGUCAGUUUCACAAUAAUUGGCAGCAAUGUGUCUCAACGAAUGUGGAGACAGUGACGUUGACUGAAGUCUGUGAGUGCUUGAUGAAAUGGAUGGCUGAGUCGCGGUGUUCAUGAUGCUCAGUCGAAGACUGCUCUCCCACUUAAAUAUGUUCACUGUAUGCACUUUACUAUAAAUUAAUAAAUAAUUUUAAACAUAAA